ACAAAUGAUCUAAAAAAAUUCCAAUCUCUCUUCUUUCUCCUCUUUAUAACCCAUAAAAAGUCUCAGAUUGAGAUUUCUUCUCCCAUUCACUUUCCCAUUUUUCAAGACUCCAAUUCUAAAGCCUUGAACGUUUGUUUUCAGAUCGGCGGAUCAAAGGAUUGACAAAGAGAGAAGGAAAAAAGAAGAAAAUAUGGCUAUUGAAUUCAAGGAAAUUAUAAUGCAUAUCAGGAAGGGUGUAACAUCUUCCAUUAGAAUUAGCUAUAGAUCUGUUCGUGCUCAUCCUUAUAUAUCAGGCUUGCUGUUUCUCUUGCUCCUACUGUAUAGAGCUUUUCCUGUGGUAUUUGCUUUCCUUAUUUCUUACUCACCCGUGAUUAUUUCAACUGCUAUACUUCUUGGAACUCUUCUAAGUUAUGGCACACCAAAUAUCCCUGAAAUUGAAGAAGAAAUUAAAAAAGCUCAAGAAAUAUCCUCGCUGCAAAUGGGGAGUCCUGUAGAUGAUGUUAUUCUGAAAAAAGAUGAGAAGUUUACAGUAGAAACUCAUUUAGAAAAUGAUUUGGUGGUUAGUGAGAGAGCAACAGAAAAGGCUGUCGGUGAGGCAAGCUAUAGUUCUAAUAAUGAGAUAGAAAAGGAAGAAAAUAGUGAAUCUAUAGACAACAAGGCUGAGCUUGCAGUGGAAUUGGAUUCAAAUAUCCAUAAUGUUCCUAUAAAUGAUCAAAAAGAACUUGAUGGCCUCAGAGUACAAAUUGCCAAGCCUUUAUCCGAUAGCCUUUUCGAUUCAGCUUUAGGUUCACCUUGGCAGACAGUGGAAAAAAAUGAUGCAUCUUCUAAUUCUGAUUCUGAUGGUGAUGAAAGUUCAUCUCCUGAUGCUUCUUUGGCCGAUAUCAUACCAAUGCUCGAUGAGCUUCAUCCAUUAUUGGACUCUGAACUACCACAGCCCACAAUUAGAGCCCAUGAUGACUCAGAUUCUUCUUCUUCUUCUUCUGCUUCAUUUCAAGACCAUGAAUCAGAUGAUGAGGUUAAAAAUGAAGAGGCAAAGGAGAAAGAUGAAAAAAAUGAGGAAGUUCCAUGGACUGAAGAUGAUCAAAAGAAUGUCAUGGACCUUGGCUACUCCGAAGAGGAAAGAAAUCGGAGAUUAGAGAAUUUAAUUGCAAAACGAAGGCUAAGAAAACUUCAGAGUCAGAGGUAUGAAAUUGAGAGAAAUCUAAUAGAUUUUGAUAGCUUCUAUCCUUCACCAAUUCCGCCUAUUUCAGCUCCAAGGAGAAAUCCUUUUGAUAUUCUUUAUACGUCCGAUUCAAAUCUUCCCGGUUCCGCACCUUCAAUCUUGCAACCGAGACAAAAUCCUUUUGACCUCCCUCAUGAUCAAGUGGACGAAAUCACCACUCUAUCAAAGGAUUUUUUGAAUCAUAAUGAUUUUCUCUCUGCUGCACAAAGAGAAAGGCUAUCCAGAUUUCAUGAGCGCUCAAUAGGUGGGCCAUCAUUUUUAGGCGAUUCUAGCGGAGAAAACAAUGGAUCAAAGUUGAAUCCAUUUUUUGUUGCAGAGAGAAGUGAACUAAUUCAUCCAGAAAUACAGCAGGAGAGUCCAACAAUGUCUCCUAUCAGCAUUGAUUUCAAGACAACAGACAUGGAAGAGACUCAUCAGGAUGCUAGCAACUUGACGGAGGAAAUUGGAAAAGGAGAAGAUAAUUUGCCUGCUUGUGAAACUGGAAAGCUUGAAAUGAUUGAAGAAAAGUAUGACGAUUCUGAUUCUUCUUUGUCAGAAGAAAAGGAAAAGAUCUCUGAGGCCCAUAUUCAUGAAACAUCAGCUGAUCUGGAGAAGGAAAACCCUGUUUAUGAUUCUGACCAAUCCAAAAUCGGACAACGCCAAACUGACAUUUUGACCCUUGAUGAAGCACUGCUCCAUGAAGGUGGAGAAAAUACCAUCUUCAAUCCUCUGCCAUCCGAUGAGCAAGAAGAUCUGUUAGAAGUGGCUUCACCUCCAAGGUCAUUACAGGCAAACGAUUUACUAGAAGACCGAGAUCUUUCAGUAGUUAAAACCAGAGAAGAAGAUUCAGUAGAAUCUUCAGGUCUGUCAAUGGUGAAAGAAGAUGAAUCAAAACUAAGAGAGAUCCCUGGAAUCAAGGAACAUGAUGCUAUGCAGGUUGGAAUAUCAGAAAUUAGUGGAAAUGAAGAAGCUGGGAAAAUUAUGCAGUCCUCUAGCUCAUCCUCUGUGGAUACUGAGUCAAGUAAAGAUCAUUUGGUUAAUGUGGAUAGAAGCAUUCAGUCUGAAGGAAAUGAUAUGAUCAAUGGACCAGUAAAAGAAGAGUCAGUGAUUCGUCCAUCUCCUGAAGCUGGUGUUGAAGAAUCUCAGAUGCCUACCGGGAAAAUUGGUGAUGGUGAUGAUGGUGUGAUACACAGUCAUGAACUGACAAAAGCUAUGGAUUUCUCAACUCCCUUCGAAGUGAAAUCUGAGGAUGAAAUUGGUUUGCAAAGUGAUAUAGGUGACCCCCGAAGUCAAAUCACAGGUGAGAUCACAAGCAAGGAGGAGGGAGAAUCUCUGAAAAAAUUAGAUGCAUCAGAUAAGGAGUCCGAUGAUGAGGUUCAUGCAGAUAUUCAUGAAGGUUUGCUGUCAGAAUUGGAUGCUGUUAGUGAUUUCUCAGUAGAAAGGAAAGAUGAAAUAAGCUCCAAUUUUGAACUAGGGCAAUAUGAUAAAGUCAUCGAAGAUUCUCAUACUGAAAUCCGAGAUUCUACAGCCUCAUCUAUUAAAGAUGCUGAUAUUGGUUCUUCAGACCCUGAGAUGACCGUGUAUAAUCCUAAGCUGCAUGUUCUUGAAGCAUGCUCCAUUGAAGAACUUGAUUCAGUCUUUAAGCAACACCAUGAAGAAGCUACUGUACCUCCUUCAGACCUUAUUGCGGAGAAUUCAUUAACCUCGGUGACUGAAGAAGAAUUGAGUGACCAUAAGCCAAUUGGCACUGAUACAGAGCUUCAAGUUCUAGAAGCAAAAUCCAUCGAAGACAUCAAUUCAGCUCUAAAGAGUCUUGGUGAAACAAGCAACCCUCAAUCUGAAACAUCGGAGAUUCGACCAGAAAGAAUUUCUUUAGAGCCUGAAGAGAUUAACUCAGAGUUGCAUGUUAUCGAAGCCAAAUCUGUUGAAGAUAUCAGUUCAACUCUGCAGAAUCUUAGUGAAGGACUCGGUGAAACUAGCAUUUCUCAAUCUGAAACAUCGAAGAUUCAACCGGAGAGAACUAGUUUAGAGUCACCGGAAGAAAUUAACUCAGACUUGCAUGUUCUUGAAGCAAAAUCUGUUGAAGAUAUCACCUCAGCGCUGAAGAAUCUUAGUGAAGAUCUUGGUGAAUCUAGUAUCUCCCAAUCUGAAACAUUUGAGAUUCAACCCGAAAGAACAAAUUUAGAGCCAGAAGUGAUUAACUCAGAAUUGCAUGUUCUUGACGCAAAGUCUCUUGAGGACAUAGAUGUGGCUUUGAAACAAGUCUCAGAAGUCACUCUUGAGGAAAGGCAAGGACACUUAGAGCCUGAACAUAUAGAAGUAAAAUCUGCAGAAGAAAUGUAAUUGGAUUCUAUAGAAGCUGAUCCUAAGAAAACAAAGUUGGUGAUUGAAGCGACAAAUGAAAGUGCAUUAAGAAAGAAGAAGCUGAGGAAGAAGAAAGCCAGCAAGUCUGGUUCAGAUUCAAGCUCAAGCUCGAGUUCAAGUUCAAGUGAUUCUGAAUAAGUAAAAACUAAAAAGUUAAUAAAAAAGAAAAAGAAAAAGGGAAUUGUUUCUCAUCAAAAAAGAAAAAAGGAAUUGUUUCUCAUGUGAGGGUUUCUGGGUCUUGAGUUGUUUUAGAAAUUUCUUUUGGGUGUUUGGUUUUCAUCAGAUAUAAUAGAGUAUUCCCUGUCUAUUCGAAGGUAAUUUGCUUUGGCGGUUCGGAGUCUAUUUACUGUAUUGUGUGUAAAUUACAUUGUAAAGCUUUUUGGUGAGUGAAGAAGAGUAUUGUUUGUAAAAUAUUUAUACCAUGCAUUUUGUGCUA